AUGAAACAAGGGCGGGAAGAGUCAUUGAAAGGGUUCAUGGAGCGCUUCAACCGAACCGCUCGGCAGGUGCGGAACGUAGACCAACGGCUGAUAGUAAGCGCGCUUACAACAGCGCUUAGACCCGGUCCUUUCGUAGAUUAUCUGUACGAGGAGGAACCCCAGUCUAUGGGUGAGCUGCAGAAUAAGCUGGUAGGGUUUAUACGAAUAGAGGAGGGGAGGUCGUAUCGCAACGAUCAGGGGGAAGAAGGAAUAACGAGGGAGAAGUCAGGGCGGGACCGAAGAGGAGAAAAACGGUCGGUCGGAGGGGAACAUAGGAUGACGGUGAAGCGAGGGGCGGAGGUACAAAGAGGGCAACAGUAUUUCCAUCACACUCCGUUGAGUGCCCCGAGGGUGAGAGUCCUGGAGGAAGCCGUAAGGGCUAAUCUGCUGACGGUGGCACGGUCCCCGACCCCUCGGGGAGCAGAUGAGAGUAAGCAUUGCCGUUAUCAUCAGAACAUGGGACAUUCUACAGAGGAUUGUGUCACGUUGAGGGACAAGUUAGAGAGUUUGGUACAGGCUGGGCACCUGAGGGAGUUUGUCCGUAGGGAGAAUCCUAACCCGAGAGGGGCCACGGGAAGGCACAGAGGUCAAUUACCGGUCGGCCAGAGGGCUCAACCGACCGCCGAACGGACGGAGGGCGAGGGAAGUGGAGAUAGGCCUUUGAGAGGAGUAAUAAAUACCAUUUCGGGCGGGUUUGCUGGAGGAGGGGCGUCCUCGGCCGCCCGAAAGCGGCAUUUGAGAAACUUGCAUAGCGUGAACAAAGUGGGGAUCGACAGAAGAACCAUGCCAUCCAUAACAUUUUCGGAUGAGGAUUUCCAUGCACCGGACCCAUACCAGGAUGACCCCAUGGUCAUAACGGCUAUCAUCGCUCGGUACAGUAUGGGAAAGGUGUUGAUCGAUCAGGGAAGUUCGGCCAAUAUCCUGUACUGGAAAACCUUUCAGCAGAUGGAAAUACCGGACGGGUCGAUAAUGCCAUUCAACGAGCAGAUCUUGGGAUUCGCAGGAGAACGGGUUGAUACAAGGGGAUACGUGGACCUAAGGGUGAGCUUAGGAACGGAGGCGGGGGCAAAAGAGCUAAGAGUGCGCUUCCUGCUGGUAGAGGCGGAGACUUCUUACAACGUGCUGUUGGGACGACCAUGUCUUAAUGCGUUUGGAGUAAUAGUGUCUACCCCACACUUAGCGAUGAAGUAUCCAGCGGACGACGGCACAAUCCGGACGGUCAGAGUCGAUCAGAAGGUAGCAAGGGAGUGUUAUGCAGCGGGGCUAAAGGUGCAACCCCCAAGGCAUAGGGUGUGCGAGACCCGUUCGGCAGUAUCGGCUGCAGAGUUGGACCCAAGAGAAGACACCACCGACCGGGUGGAACCGAUGGGAGAAGUCCAGCCAUGUCUCCUGGAAAAUGAAGACCGGGUGACAAUGGUCGGCAAGGACCUUCAGGAGGACGAGAGGCAAAGGUUGGAGGGGGUGCUGGUGGAAAAGAAGGAUCUAUUCGCCUAG